CAGCCAUUUUGGGCAGAGCUUUGUUAUGAUUCGGUCUGGUGAACUCAAGCUGCACGCAGAGUGAAGGGGGGUGACUUUCGGCCCGGUCCCGCGAGCACGGCCUCCGGUGGAGAAAAGGGAACAGGAGCCCUCAAGGCGGAGAAGCCCGCGUCUCUGAGGACUCCAGGUUACGGGCGUAGCUGGGGUGGGUGUGCAGGAUACUUGAUGUUACAAGCCCCAGUGGCAGGAUAUUCGUAAGUGACACUAACAGGCAAGAAAAUGGCCACAGGAGCAGAUGUCCGUGAUAUAUUGGAACUUGGGGGUACAGAGCCUGAGAACAUAGGAACUAUAAAUAAAAAAGACAUUAUCAAUUCUGAUAAGAAAAAAUCCAAAAAGUCCUCGGAAACGUUGACCUUUAAGAGGCCAGAAGGAAUGCACCGGGAAGUCUAUGCACUGCUGUACUCUGAUAAAAAGGAUGCACCUCCGUUGCUGCCAAGUGACACAACACAAGGUUACCGCACAGUCAAGGCAAAGCUGGGUUCCAAGAAAGUGCGGCCCUGGAAGUGGAUGCCUUUCACCAAUCCUGCUAGGAAGGAUGGGGCUAUGUUCUAUCACUGGAGGAGAGCAGCAGAAGAGGGCAAAGACUACCCCUUUGCCAGAUUCAACAAGACAGUGCAAGUUCCUGUUUAUUCAGAGCAGGAGUAUCAGAUGUACCUUCAUGAUGAUGCCUGGACCAAAGCUGAAACAGACCACCUCUUUGAUUUGUCACGCCGUUUUGAUCUUCGCUUUGUGGUUGUUCAUGAUCGCUAUGACUACCAGCAGUUCAAGAAACGAUCAGUGGAAGAUUUAAAAGAGCGUUAUUAUCACAUCUGUGCCAAGCUGGCUAACAUUCGUGCUGCCCCAGGCACUGAUCUGAAAAUCCCUGUAUUUGAUGCUGGCCAUGAAAGGCGCCGGAAGGAACAACUGGAGAGGCUAUAUAAUCGGACACCAGAACAGGUGGCAGAAGAAGAAUAUCUAAUCCAGGAGCUGCGAAAAAUUGAAGCCAGGAAGAAAGAGAGGGAGAAACGAACACAGGACUUGCAGAAAUUGAUUACGGCUGCUGACACAACCACUGAACAAAGGCGUGCAGAGCGAAAAGCACCAAAGAAGAAGCUGCCGCAGAAGAAAGAGACGGAAAAGCCUGCUGUUCCAGAGACCGCUGGCAUCAAGUUUCCUGACUUCAAGUCUGCAGGUGUCACACUACGUAGUCAGAGGAUGAAACUGCCGAGCUCCGUGGGACAGAAGAAGAUUAAAGCCUUGGAGCAGAUGCUGAUGGAACUCGGAGUAGAGAAAACGCAGGGAAUCUGCCUCCAGCUCUUCGUCUGUCAAAAAGGUGAAGAAGCCAUGAGUGACAGUAGGUCCCAGUUGGAGGACAAGAACAUUGCCUGCAGGGGCAAGAAGGCUGUAUUUGCCCUGUUCUGUGGCAGUGACUUUUAUGCUGGAAGAUUCCUGGCUCCAAAAAGGGGUAUGGCCUGCCCCAGAUGAAGGAGUUGCACUCGUUCACAUCACAGACUCCUGUUAAUUGGUGCUAUGGUGGUUGCAUUGUCUUUCCUGUGUCUGACUUUUGUAAACUUCUUUGUAAAUACAUUUUGUCCUACGGCUGUAAUCAGCAAUUACAGAAGGAGGCAGGAAGACAAGAUGAGAUUACCUGUAAGAGGCUCCUGUUUUCUUUAUUUCUCCAUAAAUUGGCAUUUGCAGGAACAGGAUGAUCACUUUAGAGCUCCUCUACUGCAACCUGCCUGAUUCCCUGAUAGGAUACUGCAGAUGAGUAGUUCAUAUUACUUUAAUUAUUUCAUCUCAUAACAGGAGGAGGAGAAGACUGGGUUUUGGGUCCUUAAAAUAACACUGAAGUGGGAGAGCCUAUAAGGAAGAUUUGCACAGAUGAAUUGUUCUGUGGGAAAUGAUGCUUGCAGGGAGAGACAUCAGUAGCUCCUUGGAGUCUCCAGCUUCUUGCUGUGUUACCAUUGAGGCAUAGUCUUCCAGGUACUUGGCUCAGUGCAACCAUACUUAGCCACCCAUUAAACACUGUUACAGCAUCCACUUCACCAUUGUAAAACAUAAAUGUUUGUUUCUGGCAUUACAGAUGAUUGUCAUCCAGCUAAAUAAACCUUAAUCAUAUCUUA